GAAUCGUUCACCGCCAUCUUUGUUUUUUUUUUAUCAGUGUCGUGUUGGUCGUGUUGUCCUGUUCAGUUUUGUGUGUUGUCCUUAUUGUCUGUCAAAAAUCUCUUACCCCCCAGUGAAUGAAAAAAAUCUCAGAAGUGUACAACAAUAACAACCACUUCCAGUAACCAAACAAUUCCCUAGAUGCUUAAAAUGCCUCCCAACAGCUCAAAUCAUUGGCAUUUCCACCCACUGACCCCCCUUUCAGCCUAACCUCCCCAAUCAUGUGACCGACAAAUCCAAUAGACUCAAUUAAACUUUCCCGAAUAAAUCUUACAAAAAAUGUUUUUCCCACUCGGGUGGCCAAGAGUCCUGAACACACCCUCGUCCUCGACAAUCACCGCAAUCACCUGCAAUCGUGACAAGAUCCUCUUCGCGAUUCUGAGCCGCUCCUCCCUAGCCAUCUGGUACUGUAAACCCUGUGUCCCCAUCGUCUUCAGCAGGCGAACCGACGACUGUAUCGAUAAAUACGGUGAGAAUACUCUAGUGCAAUGGAGACCGGACUCUUCGAUGCUGGUGGUUGCCACCUCGGACAGCUACCUUCUCUUCUAUCGUCUGACGGACACCUCGGGCGACUCAAGGGGCCUCUACGAGCAGAAAGAUUCCCCCGUGACGAGUUUGCGAAGAGACUCGGCAGAGCUCUUCAUCAAGGAAGUCAUUCCCUGUCUGAGCCUUGUGUUUGUCAUGCCUGUGUGGAUCGAUGGGGGGAUCAGUUCCCUAGUUUGCAUCAGGGAUGAGCUGAUGGUAGCCACAAAAACGAGUCACAUAGUGAGACAACGGUGGGAGGGAACUGCCAAUCGAGAUUACUCUCUUGAUCUCCGACGAAUCCCCUUCAGCAUAGAUCAACAGGUAUCAACUCCUGCUUUGCCAAUUACAGAGAAUAACGUUCACGUCACUGAUAUCGAGUAUUCUCCACUGGUGGGGGGAUUCGCCAUUGUGCUGAGCAAUGGGAAAGCUGCAUUCCUAACUGCUCAAUCACUUAAGUUCGAUCCCAAUCAGGUGCAGGGGAUCUGGGCUAGAUACCUGGAGGAUGCGACUUGUGCUGCUGUCAAUCAUAAAUACAGAUUGAUUGCAUUUGGAAGGGAAAAUGGCGAGGGAAUGGUGUAUUAUGUAGAUGAGACUACUGGGGCUCUGGAGGUGUCUCACGUGUUGAAUUUGUCCUCGAAGGAUUAUCCAGGAAAACCUGGAAGAGUCAAGUGCAUAAGAUGGACACCUGAUAGCUGUGCUAUCGCGCUAGCUUGGGAGAGUGGGGGCUUGGCCAUAUGGAGUACUUUUGGAGCCCUGUUGUUGUGUACCUUGAAAUGGGAUUAUGGAUUACAUGUGGACUUGGGGAGGGACAAUCCUCUGCAGGUGAGGACUAUGGAGUGGAGCGCUGAGGGUUAUCAACUGUGGAUGCUCAGAGAGUCACCUGGAGGGAACGAUGGACAGGUGAAUGGGAAUGGGGAGGGAGAGGGUGGGAACAAAUCUGUGGUGCAGCUGGACUUUGUGAAGAGCCCAUUGACUGUGAAUCCUUGCAUGGGACAUGGGCAUUUGUAUCUCCAAGGAGAGGAUCGUCUGUACUUGAAUUUGGGUGGUGUAUCAGCAAAUACCCCCGGCUUUCACUUGGCCAAUGACAUACCGAAUGAUUCAUCAUCACAAACUUUAGCCGGAUCGAAGCAGUGGCUAGUGGUACCAAUUCCUAGCACCUACACAGGCUCCAACUGGCCAAUCAGAUAUACUGCGAUAGAUAACGAGGGGUUGAGCAUAGCUGUGGCUGGCAGAACUGGUCUGGCUCAUUACUCGUUGCAAUCCAGAAAAUGGAAGUUGUUUGGGAAUGAAACACAGGAGAGGGAUUUCAUCGUUACUGGGGGACUUCUCUGGCAUCGAGGGUUCAUGAUUGCCAGCAGCUAUUCAUUGCUAGAGGAUAAGGAUGAGAUCAGAAUUUAUCCGAGGGAUACAAGGCUGGAUAAUAAUUAUGUCAAAACCUUCAGGAUGCCCUCUCAGGUGCUUCUUUUGAAUACUAUGAGGGAAAGACUUCUAACUUUUUGCGCUAAUGGACAAGUCGGUAUUUUUUGUAUGGAACUGCAAGGAGAAGAAGGUUCCGGAAGUAUCGAAUUAACACGUACUCAGACAGUCGAUAUUUCUGGUCUCUGUGUGCACCCAGCCUGUGUAGUCAGUGCAACAUUAACGACAAUCCGUGCAGAGACCGCUGGAAGCCAUCCCCACCCAGAGAGUCUCCUCCUGAACGUCUCUGGACGUCUUCUAAUGGUCCAACGUGAGCACUGUACAGACACUCCCGAUGUUCUGUUCACUUGUUCUGCCCCAAAUGUCCUGGCCUCAUGCGUAGAAAAUGUCUGGGUGCCCUCUCGCUCGCGUCGUGAUAAGCCUCACCUCACGGAGGCCCUCUGGCUGUUCUGCGGAGCUCACGGUAUGCGCGUCUGGCUUCCUCUGUUCCCUCGGAAUCAUCAGGACAACGCUCACACGUUCAUGUCCAAACGCAUCAUGCUCCCCUUCCACCUUCGCAUCUAUCCUUUGGCGAUUCUCUUCGAGGAUGCAAUUCUCCUUGGCGCCGAGAACGACACAGUCCUGUACACCUCAGACACCAACUCUCCCUUCUCCCUGCCAUUCUCCCUUCUCGAAUUAACAUCCCAGGUGUACCUCCAUCAGAUCCUGCGCCAAUUAAUCCAUAGGAAUCUGGGUUAUCAUGCUUGGGAGAUCGCCAGGUCCUGUGCAGCCCUUCCUUACUUCCCUCACUCUCUGGAGCUGCUUCUUCACGAGGUCCUGGAGGAAGAGGCCACGAGUAAAGAGCCUUUACCUGAUGCCCAACUUCCCUCGGUCGUGGAAUUCAUCAGGGAAUUUCCGGGGGUUUGGGCUAGAGCUGUUGUUCAGUGCGCCAGGAAAACAGAGAUUGCUCUCUGGCCUUAUCUUUUUUCGGUUGCUGGCCCACCGAAGAAACUUCUCCAGGAUUGUCUGCAGAGACAGCAGCUGGACACUGCUGCGAGUUAUUUGAUAAUUCUUCAGAAUUUGGAGCCUUCAACAGUCAGUCGCCAGCAUGCCACACUACUCCUGGACGCCGCGCUGGAGCAGGGAAGGUGGGAGCUGAGCAGAGAUUUAGUGCGGUUCCUUCGGGCCAUAGAUCCGAACGACGUUGAUUCCCCCAGAAAUUCUUGGGGAGGUUCGGCAAAGCUCGCCGGACCGCCUCCAACGCCGCCAGUUUCUCCGCACGAGGAGGAUCUUUCCCUUGUUCUUGGUACUAUGCAGGUGUCUAGGAGCAGGAGUUACAGCACAACGGUCACUCCGAAGGUCCAGUACGAUGGAUCAUCGAAGGAUCCAUCCCCAGGGGCAUCGAUGCUCGAGAAAACCAGGAAUGCAGUAAUGGGGAGGAAGAAGUCCCUUCCCAGUGUUAAAGCUGAAAAGACUGAGAGUAAAGAGGGAUCUGCUGAGGAGUUCUUCAUCGAUGUGAUCCUCCAGAGACAUGCCAGGCGACUGUUGUCAGCUAGGAGACUUGCGGAUCUGGGGAGAUUUGCAGCCAGGUUAGAUUUCCACCUAGUGACGUGGCUGGCGAGGGAGAGGGAACGAGCUGCAAGGAUUGACGACUUCGUGGUUGCUUUGAAAGCUGUCCAUGAGGACUUUUCAUUUCCCUAUCCAACAGUGUCAUUCUCGAAUCUCCAGAAAUUUCGUAAGGCGAGUCAUGUGACAUUGAGAUCGAGGUCUGUGAGCUUGGAGAUGCCUGAGGGCCAGAGUCCUGAGUCUGUGCAGAGCUUCGUGGAUCUGCCUCCCGAUAGUGGGUACACAAGCCUGCCCAGUUCUAGACCUCCCUAUGGAAGUCUAGUUUCACCUGUGGCGAGUCUGGAAACUCAGUUUCCAGUUGCUGAGGCCAAACUCACCCCAAGAAUGCUUCAAGAUGCUACUAGUGUCCUCAGUGAUACUUCUACUAAUUGGAGGGAUGAUGUGGAGUCGAUAGUGGGAACGGUUUGUUGGGUAGACCCAGUAGAACCUACCGAGGUUCAUUCUGCUUCACCCUGCGGUCCGAGCAGCAGGGCUGAAGUACAACUGAGAUACUUGCUUCAGCUGUUUCUGGAAGCUGGAUGCGUUGGUUGGGCGGCAGUACUCGCCACAAUCCUCCGAGACGUUUCAGCAAUGGCGAGGAGCAUCAGAGCCGCCCAUGCCCCCAUGCAAACUCUGGAGAGCAUCGUUAACCUCAGGGACGGUCUCUUGAUGCUGACAAAAUGGUCUAAUUCCGAGUGCCUAGGUUACAGAAGUUUCACCUCAGGCCUUCAGGCUCAGACUUCCCUAUUGAAUCGUCUCAUUGUGGUGAAGCAGCAGCAGCAAGUCCAGCAUCUCCAGGAACACCACCCAGAGGCGCCUGUCAGCCCUGCCCCAAGUCCUGCUCCCUCGUUCGCCAGCAAUCAGAGGGGCAACGUCAGCAGAUCGAGGAGGUCGUCUGCUAGUCAUGCCAGCACCACUACCACCACCCUGGAGGAGGAGAGGGGAGAGGUUUUCGAGGAGGAGAAUGGUUUCGGAGGGAGUUACGGGAAUCUCAACGGUGUCGAGAAGGAAACGAACUCACAGAGUUGCAGUAUUUCAUAAAAAAAUAGGUCAGGUGUGGAGAAUACAGGUGUUGCUCAAUUGUUGUAUGUGCAAUCUAAUGGCCGACUGGUCAAGAUACUCCACCAGUGGCCCUGAUCCAAGAUCAUAAUAGAGGACUACGGUGACACGCAAUGCAGAGAACUGAUUUUCGAGCCACAAUGACUGUCAUCGAGAGUGAUAUAAAGGUUAAUGAGGGAAGGCCCGAUGGGGGGAAAAAUAAGAUUUUUUCGUCUCAAUGCAAUGUUGAUUUGUAUGAGGCCAUGAAUUCAGCUCGGAAGAGAUGUUCGGUCGAAUGAAUGGGGAUGUUGCAGGGCAUGUACAUUCAUCAUUUUGUUUUAAACUCAAGCAUCUCACGAGUAUUGACUGAAAUUUUCCAUCUCAUUAUUGAAGUUUGUCAAAAUAAGUAGGAGACAAGGAAGCUGGUCAAAAUUUUAAUGAAUUUCGAAUCUGACUGAUUUUUGUGUUCUUCAGUGAUCGAAUUCGAGGUAUCUGAAGGGGUAAUACGUAGGUAUUUAUGAACAUAAUGCCUUCUUAAUUAUUACAUCCAAAGUUUAUUAUCAAUUUUUCUAAAAACGUAAAUUGAUUUUUAUGUGAAAGAUUUGUGUUUAUCGGAAAAAAGGGUAACAGCUCGUUAAUUUCAUAUGUCUUUGAUUAAAGAUGGAAUUGGCGAAGGGAAAAAUCAGCUGAAUAAAUAAUUCGUAAAUGGAAUGGCGAGAGGAUAAAGCCUAUCAAGACGUUUAAGGAACACUGAAGGGUUUUUUCAGUGCAGGACAUAUCCCAAAGGGUCCUCAGUGAAUCCUUCAAAAUGUUUUUCACUUACUCCUCUUGACCACUGCUUUGGCUGGUUUCACUGAGAUUUGAAGUUAUGUAAAGGCGGAAACUAUAUUAAAACCAUUAAAAACCUGUGUUCAUUAUCGUUAAAAAGACAUAAAAAACUCGAAGAAUGUAAAUACGAAUUUAAAGUUUAACAAACAAUUGUCUCGAGCAUGUUAAAAUUGUAAAGACCAUUUAUUUCGUGAUUGAUCCAAACUCACUAUUUUUUCCGAGAAAACAUUUUUUUUCUCGAUGAAAAUUGAUUUGCGACGACACAGGGUGCGUGUGAAUCUACAGGGAAUUGAAAUCAAUCAACAACAUUGAACAUAAAUUCAGAAUGAAAAUAGAUGUGGCAUAUUAAUUGUCUCAACACAUGAUAUUACUACAGUACUAUAACUUGUGAGUCCUCUGGAUCUUCCGGCAUUUUGAUAAUUGCUCAUUAAAUAUAAUAACUGAGAAUCAAAUGUAAGUAAAGAGCUCGAGGAUUUAUUUCUGAAUGAUUUUUUCAUCAGUCGACAAUUAUUCAGGUAAGUGAAUCGUGCGGUGAGAGGAGUAGGAAAAUUCUAUCAUUACCUAUUCUCCGCCACAGUAAUUUAACAAGAGAAUUGAUUAUGUGACUCUGUAUGUCUGUUAGAUAUUACUAGAUCUUAAGGGCUUAUUUAUAAAAUAAAAUAAUGGUACCAAUAGUUGAAUGAUUAUAAAAUAUAUUUGAACAUAUUUUCACAGAAAUUGAGUGUUGAUUCUUUUACAACAAUCACCUACACAAACAUGGCAAAAGUGAUGACAAAAAAUCACAAUUCUUAAUUACUUUCAUAUACCUGGAGAUAUGUUUCACUAAUUAAUUUUGGGAAAAUACUUAAUCUGACUUCAACUUAUUUUUCAGAAACAUCUGCCCUUGAUGCCCUCAGGAGAAAAUGCUAACAGCCAUUAGAAUUUUUUUCGCCGCAGUGCAAAUUUUCACUGGAGGGUCAUUCGAGGGUGAGUGAUCGUUUUAAUUAAGGAAAUAUUCUGCUAAGUUGUUUGUAAACAGUGUUGAUAAUUGAUUUCGAGACAUGCAAACCUUCUUGGUGUUGGUUUCUGACUGAAGUAAUUUGCGAGACCUUCGAAUGACAAGUUGAAGUCAAUUACCAAAGAAUUUUCCAUCACGUACAAUUAGUGGCAGAGCCACUUAUUGAGCAUAAUAAUUAAAAAACAAAAAAUAAAUGAAGAAAAA